ACUCUCCAAUAAACACUUAACAUUAACACCUUUCUAUAUCUCUCCCUCUUUAUGCACAUCAUUUAUUGAAGUUUCAUAAAGAUUUUAUCAUAAUUAAUGGCUUCCUUUUCCUCAUUCUUCCCAACUUUGAUGCUUUUCAUAAUAACAACUCAUUUUUCUACUACUAUCUAUGCUUUAAAUUCCAAGCUAGUACAAUUCUCUACUAUAUCAGCAGCACCUGCCAUUUUACCAGAAUCUCCCUUAUCUUCUCCAUCUCCAACUCAAGCUUUAUCUCCUGAUAUUCAGCCUAUUUUACCUACUACUGGAGGAGCCUCAGUUCCUUCUCCAGCUGACUCAUCUCUGCCAACUAUUCCUGCAAAUCCUAGCCCUCCAAAUCCUGAUGUUUUUUAUCCUGAAGCUCCUGGUCCUGAAGAUGGAAUUUCACCAUCUGGAUCCUUGCCGGUUGCUUCUGCUGUUUGUUUAAGUUCAUGGUUUGGUCUGCAUUUUCUUGGGGUUCUGGUGUUUUGCUUAGUGCAGGGUUUUGGUUUGUGAGGUGGCAGUUGCAUUAUUGUUUAGAACCAAUAGGGAACUGCCACGUCUAGAAUAAUGCUCUUGGAUGGAUUCUGCGGCUUUCAAUCCAACGGUGUGCGAUGUGUGGGAGAUGAAUCGUGUGGAGCGUGGAUGUGGGGACAGAACGCUAAUCAUGUAGUGUAACGGUCGAAAUUGUUGGUCAAUCAUACAUAUCAACCUUUCCAUUUCAAUUUGAUGCAAAUAAAGUAUGUUCUAUCUUUUUUGUAUAAAUAUAUGUAAAAAUAAUGUAUUAGUCUAAAAUAGUUGCCCAAAUUAAUACAUUGGCUUGGAAAAUCAAACCAUGUAUAGCAUUUGGUCAAAUCCAAAAUACACUAUAAUUAACUCAUUCACCAAACAUAUAUAAUCAUCCUAGAUUUAUUUCUUAUUA